AUGCCGGUGGAACAGCCGAUUGAUAUGUUAAAUGACACUCUCAAAGAGAUCGUCUUUAGAACGAAGAAUCAGCACAAGUUUAAAAGAUUGGCUCGCACCACACAUUUCGACCAAAGAGAAGUGGAAGCUCUAGCUAUUAUUCACAACAAAUGUGUACAAACACUGGGUCCCAUAAGCAGGCUGAUAUUUCGAGAUAUAUUCCACGCUGGCUUCGAUUUCACGGAAAAUAUUCGUCACCUGUUGGUUGAUAAAAUGUUCUCUGUGGUGGAUAAACGUAACACUUUACAAAUACCUAUGGAACAAUGGAUCGAAGGUCUCUCAAUCAUCCUUCGCGGCACUCAAGAUGAAAAGAUUCGUUUUGCUUAUCAAGUGUACGAUCAUAUGAGGACUCACAGGAUGAAAAAGGAACAAAUAUUUCCCAUCAUGCGUGGAUGUUUAAUUAAACUUCAAAAUGAUGAAAACCCAGAUGAAGCUGUAAAGGACUUGAUAGAUUUAUUGCUAAGAAAACUGGACGUGGACCGUGACGGUGCGGUAUCAGCGGAAGAUUUUAGAAUCGCUGUUACAGAUCGAAGUCCGCUCCUUUUGGAAUGCAUGGGCCCAGUUUUCCCUUCCAGAGAAGCUCGACACAAUUUCCUGAGCACUUUUACGGACCGCGUGGGAAGAUACUGAAAACCCAGUGUCGUCGAAUAAACAUUUUUCUUGCUAUUUAUUUCAUCGCGUGAUAUCUGGCAAGCAUGAUGCUCGUCGAAUCAAAAACUAACAGCAUGUUCCGAGCUCGCGGCAUGACGAGAGCAACCGGGAACGAGGAAAAUGCGCCAAAUCAGACAGAAGUGAUCCGCCUAGGCCCUUUGAACGGUUCAAUAAUCUUUCAAGUUCCGAAUUACGUUCCUUACGAUUCGUUGAACGCGGAAAAUUUGACUCGCUCCUUCCCCGCAAACAGUUGCAAUGAACCACGAUAAUAUCGUUUCUUAAUCGCAUCACCCGCAAUCCGUGAUGUAAUCGUCGAUAGAAUUCGAUCAGUUGCUCAAUUGAGUUUGAAUGUUUGAACGCGAUUGCUGCAACUAUCGUCUGUAUAUAUGUAUGUAUGCAGAUCGGAAGAUUUAUUGUUUAUCGAAAUUUUUUACAUGCUCCAUCGAUUUUAAUGCAGCUAGUAUGUAAUGUGCUUUUUUACAUUU